GGUCUUGUAGUUGAAUGCCGAUCUGGGGACGCCUGUUUGGGUUUCAGAUGGUCACUGUUGACGUGGAUUAUUAACUGUUAGCUUGUUUUCUCAGUUCACCCAUUUAUGACGGACAUUAGGCAUUUCUGACAAGCAAAUAUGCUGGAUUUUGCUAUAUUUGCAGUGACGUUUGUCAUUGUCCUAAUCGGCGCUGUCCUAUAUUUAUAUCCGUCGUCCAGAAGAGCCUCAGGUGUACCUGGACUAAACCCCACAGAGGAAAAAGAUGGAAAUCUACAGGAUAUUGUGAACAAAGGAAGCCUACAUGAAUUCUUGGUGGGUCUUCACGAUGAGUUCGGAUCUGUGGCAUCAUUCUGGUUUGGUGGAAGACCGGUGGUCAGCCUGGGUGCCGUGGACCAACUACGUCAACACAUCAACCCCAACCGGACCACGGAUUCAUUUGAAACAAUGCUUAAGUCGUUGCUGGGUUACCAGUCCGGUUUGGGUACGGGUGUGACGGAAUCGUUGAUGAGAAAGAAAGUGUAUGAGGGAGCCAUCAAUCAAUCUUUGGAGAACCACUUUCCUGUUCUGCUACAGUUGGUGGAGGAACUGGUUGGUAAGUGGGCAUCUUAUCCCAAGUCUCAGCACACACCCCUUUGUGCCCAUCUACUUGGAAUGGCUAUGAAAUCUGUCACUCGGCUUGCUAUGGGCAGCCGCUUUCGGGACGAUGCUGAGGUCAUUCGGUUCCGGAAGAACCAUGAAGCGAUCUGGUCUGAGAUCGGUAAGGGUUAUCUUGACGGAUCCCUAGAAAAGAGCUCCAGCAGAAAGGCCCAUUAUGAGAGUGCUCUUGCUGAGAUGGAGUCAGUGUUAAAGUCUGUGGCAAAAGAACAGGGAUCCAGUCAGUCAUGUUUUGUUAACUCUUUACUUCAGGCUAAGCUGACUGAGCGGCAGGUGAUGGAGGAUGGGAUGGUUUUUACUCUAGCUGGCUGUGUCAUCACUGCUAACUUGUGCAUCUGGGCAGUGCACUUCUUGUCGGUAUCAGAGGAAGUGCAGGAGCGGCUCUAUGAUGAGUUUGUUGAAGUACUGGGGAAUGAGCCCGUAACCUUGGACAAGAUUCCUCGGCUUAGAUACUGCCAGCAGGUGCUGAAUGAAACCGUCCGCACAGCCAAACUAACACCAGUGGCUGCCAGAUUACAGGAGGUAGAGGGGAAGGUGGACCAACACCUUAUUCCUAAAGAAACAUUGGUUAUUUAUGCACUGGGUGUGGUUCUUCAAGAUGCAGAUACUUGGUCACUACCAUACAGGUUUAAUCCUGACAGAUUCAAUGAUGAGUCAGUGAUGAAGAGCUUCUCAUUGCUUGGGUUCUCAGGAAACCAGGCCUGCCCUGAACUCAGAUUUGCAUAUACCGUGGCCACGGUGCUGCUCAGCACCCUGGUGCGCAGGUUGAGACUGCACAAAGUGGAAGGGCAGGUGGUUGAAGCCAGGUAUGAGCUGGUGUCCACGCCCAAAGAUGACACCUGGAUCACCGUCAGCAACAGAAACUGAAUGACAAUGUUGGCUUCUGCAUACGAUCAAUGCAGUGUGCAGCUGCAGUUGAUAAGAUCAAAGAUCAUUGUGUCGUUAAAAAAAAUGUCUAGUUGAUUGUAACUAUAUACUGUUUAACAUUCUAGCUGAAUGUCAGAACAAUUUUAUAAAGGAUUUAAUGCCUUAUUAUUGCCGUGCUGUGCAAAUGACUUAUCAGUGUUUAAUUAUGAUAAACUUUUUAUAUGAAUUAAAAGGGAAAACAAGUGUG